AUGUAUAGGUCAAAUACUUUUGAUCCAUGGAAGGAAAAUAUUCAAGAAUUCAACAGAAGAAGCACCUUUGAAGAAAUUUCUCAUUAUUUAUCAGAUUUAUCAGCAGGACAUCCAGACCCUUUGUCAGUUUAUCUCCCAUAUUUAAACGAUACAAAAUUCAAACACUCUUCUCCUCUUUUAAUUCAAACCCUCCAUCACUUUGCAAAAUCUCCAGUGUACUCAAAUGAUCCGCGAUAUCUGAAUUUAUGAGUGAUUUAUGCAGAAAACUGCCAAGAUCCUCUAUUGAUUUAUGAAGAAAUGCUGCAGAAAAACAUUGGGUUGGCAUUUGCAAUGAUAUAUGUCGCUAUUGCUGAAAUUUAUGAAGCAAGAAGACAAUAUAUACAAGCAGAGCACGCUUAUUUGCUGGGGGUAUUCAGACAGGCUGAACCAUUGAUAAAAUUAAAAAAACUUUAUAACGAUUUCCUUCACAGGACUUCUGGCCCAAGAGCGUUUGAAAAGUACUCAGACGAGGUUUCAGUCGAAGAAGCAAAGGCUUUGCUUAGCUUGAGAUUUCAAGCACAUGAAAUUGAAGACCGACACGAGUUUCCUCUAUGCCAGAGUCCUGCAAGAGUUAUAGGUCAGAGUACUAUGCAUUUAUCAGCUUGCAAGAAAACUCCUACAAUAGAAGGAAUAUACCAGAGCCCUCACAUUUCGAAUGUAAUAUUUAAUACAAGUCCUUACGAAAUCAGAGGGCGAAGACCUUUUACACAAUUAUAA